AUUAACAGAUCAAUCCAUCUGAGUGUAAGAUAUUGCUCACGGAUCCACCUCUUCAUCCCUCCAAAAACCGUGAAAAAAUGCAUGGUUUGUUAACUGGUUUGGUUAUUGAUUCUGGUGAUGGUGUUACUCAUGUGGUUCCGGUGGUUGAUGGCUACUCUUUCCCUCAUCUUACCAAAAGAAUGAAUGUCGCUGGCAGACACAUAACAGCGUAUCUCGUUCAUCUACUAUCUCGACGAAGACUGUUUGAUCAGGGUGAUGCGUAUACGGUACAUGUGUGUGAAGUCUGUGGACUCAUCGCCAUUGCAAAUCUGAAGAAGAAUUCUUUUGAAUGCAGAGGUUGCAAGAACAAAACAGAUAUUGUUCAGGUAUCCAUUCCAUAUGCUUGCAAAUUGCUCUUUCAAGAGCUUAUGUCAAUGGCAAUUGCACCACGGCAGACAGUGAGGAGCUUUGCACUCUGAUUUUGUAGAAACUUGAACUUCCCUUCUGUUUUGGUCUUCUUCUUUAAUGUUUCUGUACUUCUUCUGAAAGCUAGUACAUUAUGUUAUAUAUUUAACGUCAAAUAACUCGCGUCACUUUUC